AUGGCUCAAUGGAUGACGGAGUUUAGGCCAAUUAGUCUUUGUAAUGUGUGCUAUAAGAUUAUUUCUAAGGUUCUUUGUUUCAGACUUAAGCGGUUUCUUCCAUCCCUUGUUUCUGAAACCCAAUCGGCUUUCGUUUCUGGACGUUUAAUUACCGAUAAUAUCCUGGUGGCUCAGGAAAUGUUUCAUGGCUUAAAUACUAAUCCACGGUGUAAAUCAGAGUUUCUAGCUUUCAAGACGGACAUGAGUAAGGCAUACGACCGUGUUGAGUGGGAUUUUUUGGAAGCGGUAAUGGUUAAGCUGGGUUUCGAUAGGAAAUGGAUUUCUUGGAUUAUGUGGUGUGUUUCUUCAGUCUCGUAUCAAGUCCUCCUAAAUGGUCAACCCAGAGGUUAUAUCAAACCUCAGAGGGGUCUACGUCAGGGAGAUCCUUUAUCUCCUUAUCUGUUUAUACUGUGUACUGAGGUCUUAAUUGCCAAUAUUAAAAAGGCCGAACGGGAGCAUAGGAUUUCGGGUAUUAAGAUAGCUCGGGAUUGUCCUACUAUCUCACAUCUCUUGUUUGCUGAUGAUAGCUUAUUUUUCUGUAAGGCUGACCCUGCUAAAUGUAGUACGGUUAUGGAUAUUAUAAGUGAUUAUGGACGAGCUUCGGGCCAGGAGGUAAAUUUGGAGAAAUCAUCCAUUAUGUUUGGCAAAAAAGUACCCACUGAAGUAAGGACUCAAUUGAAAGGUGUAAUGGGUAUUUCCAGUGAGGGUGGUAUGGGUUCGUAUUUGGGUAUUCCAGAGGACCUCCAGGGUUCUAAAACAAAGGCUUUCCGUUACGUUAGUGACCGUUUGGAUGAUCGUGUGAAUGGUUGGUCCGCAAAAAUUCUAUCUAAGGGAGGAAAGGAGGUAAUGAUUAAGUCGGUAGCUCUGGCUCUUCCAACUCAUGUUAUGUCUUGCUACAAGUUACCAACAGAGUUAACGUCUCGUUUAACAAGUGUUAUCGCAAAGUUUUGGUGGAAGUCUAAUGAUAAGGAACGAGGUUUGCACUGGGUGGCGUGGGAUAGAUUAUGUAAGGACAAAAGUGAAGGCGGCUUGGGCUUUCGCGCACUGGAACAAUUCAAUGAUGCUAUGUUGGCCAAACAAUAUUGGCAGUUAAUUCAUUAUCCAUCGUCUCUGAUGGCUCGAGUGUUGCGAGGUAGAUAUUUUUGGAAUUCACAUCCUUUACAGGCUAAGAAACCUUAUUCCCCCUCAUUUGCUUGGUGGAGCAUCUUCUCAACUAAGGGUUUGGUAGAACAUGGUUCUCGAUGGGCGAUUGGUUUGGGUUGUAAUGUCUCAGUGUGGCGGGAUCCAUGGAUUCCAGAUAUUCAACCGAGAUCAGCAAAUGGUCGAGGUCGGCAGUUACUUCCCAGUCUAAUGGUCAACCAUUUGAUUAAUCCAUACACGAAGGAAUGGCAUAUGCCAAUUCUAGAGGAGUUUUUUGAUCCGGUAGAUAUUCAAAUCAUUUUAUCUAUGGAGGUUAGUAAAUCGUUUAAAUCGGAUAAACUGAUCUGGCAUUUUACUAAAUCUGGGAAAUAUUCGGUAAAAUCUGGCUACCGUCUCGCCCGUGAUUUAAUAAAUGAGGUAGAGAUUGGGCCGACGUGCACAUCUCUUAGGGCUCAGGUUUGGAAACUUCAGGUUCCCCCAAAGAUUCAGCAUUUCUUCUGGCAGAUUGCUUCCGGCACUCUUCCCGUGUUGGAGCGUUUGGCUCAUCAGGGUGUUCGGUGUGAUCCUCUAUGUACGCGUUGUGGCUUGGCAGUGGAGACUAUCAAUCAUGCUCUUUUUGAAUGUUCCCGUUUGCGGCGGAUUUGGGAUUUAUCCCCGGUAGAUUUAUGCACUGAUGGAUUCCCCUUUGCUUCUAUUUAUUCAAAUCUUGAUUUUCUUUUUUGGAGGGCGUCGUCCCAGUCGGCUGUCCCGGAUAUUGGUUUUCACCUACCAUGGAUUGUCUGGUCUAUUUGGAAAGAUAGGAAUAAAAAAGUCUAUCAGGGUUUCGAGGCAGAACCAGGUGAUGUUCUGACCCAUGCGACUUCUGAUAAGUUGUUAUGGGAGGAAUUGUUAUGGGAGGAAGUAAGAUCCUCUCUUUCAACCUCGACUGAGCCUCUUACCUUGGAGGAUCAGACCCCCGCUCCCCGGUGUCAGAUUGAUGGAUCUUGGAAGGCAUCAGAUCCCUUGGAAGGCUUAGGCUGGUGGUUUUGCAAUAGUGAGGAUGUAACGCAGUUAUUGGGAGCACGGAGUCAGCGUCGUGGCCCUUCACCUCUUCAUUCGGACCUUCAUGCUUUGAUUUGGGCGAUGGCUUCCAUUUUAGCCUCAGGCGUUAACUGUCAGUAUUUCGAGACGGAUUGUGCUGAACUAGUGGCGAUGGUGCAGUCUCCCGAUGAUUGGCCCGCUUUCUCCACCCUGCUAGAUGAGUUUAGUCUACUUCGCUCCUCCUUCCCAUCCUUCAUGCUUUCGAGGAUAUCGCGCAGCUCUAACGUGCGGGCUGAUUGCCUUGCUCGCUCUUCGAGAUUGUUACUUACAGCUUCUUCUUUUGACGUAGAAGGUGAUUCGGAAGUGGAUGUUGCAUCGACCGAUACAGAGCAGCAUCGAUUGAUGCAACCAUCAUCUAGCAUCGAUCGAUGCACCGCCAUUGUCGAUCAACACACCCCACGACCAGCUCUGCUUUCUCCUCAAGUUCCACCUGCUUCAGAGCAAGCUUAUAAGCCUAAGGUUCCUAUUCCUAAGCCUAGGAGGUCUAAGAAGGAGAUUGAAAAAGCUAGAUCUUCUGAUGAAGAUCCGAUCAUUGAGCUUCAUGGAGACAGUACUGAGUUGAAGCCUGUUGAGAAAGUGAGCAAACAAGCAGUUAAGCUUAAAGAUUGGAGACAUAAAAGGAAGCCACCAAUACCUCAGUCCCUCCCUGGUCAUGUUCCUCACAUCCUUGGCAAACCUCAUGCACCUAAAGCUUCUACAACACCUUGA